AUGCAGAUAAGUCAAUUUAUAGCUGCAGCUGUUGGAUGUACGUUUCGUUUUCAUGCAAUGCUUUUUAAAAAUGAUAAAACUUGUUAUGAUUUUCCUGUUUUAUUUGUUUUAAUUUUUCUUGCACAUUCGAUAUCAUUAUUAUUUCUUUUUCUCAAUUAUUUUUUUCAAGAAUAUAUUUUAAAACGAAAUCAAAAACGUCGUGAACCAAAACUAAACAUAAUAAAAACAAAAAAUGGUUAUAUUAAAACUGCCAAAGAUGAAUAA